CGCGCGCGCUUCACUGACUGUUGUCAACGCGCGUGCACUACUACUCUGCUUUAAAGGAGUGAGGUGAAUUUCCCCUUUCAUACUGACGGAGCUUCAGCAGCACAAGUGCAUUGAGGAGGCUGAGACGUUUUUUCUUUGCACAUUUUUGGAGCACAGAAGCAGGUGCACUGCGCGCACUCAUUAUUUGACGCAAACCCGAAGCCAUGCGCACGCUUAUUCCUGAAAAGUUAAUUCACGCUUGCUAAGACAUAGGCUACACCUCGGGAAAAGUAACCUAGUUUCUGCACAGAGCGUGCUUUAUAAAUUACUCGUCGUACGUUCGCACGGGGAAUAGUUAUUAGGCUAUAAUAAUAAUGUCGAGGAAAAAAGCGGUGAAAGGAAAGGGGAGUUCAAAUUCUCCGAGCUCAUCUCCCAUCAGCGAUAAAGAGAAGGGGAAGAAAGUCCUGACCCAGUCCAACGGAGUGGUUUAUCCCAGCAGACCCUCUCUCAGCAACAGUGGAGAGUUCUACGACAUCGCCUUCAAGGUAAUGCUGGUCGGUGACUCCGGCGUGGGGAAAACCUGUCUGUUGGUUCGCUUUAAAGAUGGAGCAUUUCUGGCUGGGAGCUUCAUCUCGACAGUUGGGAUAGACUUCAGGAAUAAGGUGCUGAACAUUGACGGGGUGAGGGUUAAACUACAGAUCUGGGACACGGCGGGACAGGAGCGGUUCAGGAGUGUGACACACGCCUACUACCGAGACGCACAUGCUCUUUUGCUGCUCUACGACGUGACAAAUAAAGCUUCUUUUGACAACAUACAGGUAAGACUCAUGUGA